UCACCCCGAUGGAGGACAGACUCAGUCAGGCGCACAACGAGGUCCAGCAACUGAAGGCAUCGGUUAAGUACUACGAGGGGAUGAUCGACAACUAUAAGAGUCAGGUGAUGAAGACCAGGUUGGAGGCUGAUGAAGUGGCUACCCACCUGGAGCGCUGCGGCAAAGAGAACCAGAUCCUUAAAGAUGAGAUGAACAAAGAGAUUGAAGCGGCACGGAGGCAGUUCCAGUCCCAGCUGGCUAACCUGCAGCAGCUGCCUGACAUCCUCAAGAUCACAGAGGCCAAGCUGGCAGAGUGUCAAGACCAGGUGCGGGGCUAUGAGAGGAAGAACGCUGACCUCACCACCAUCAUAUCAGACCUGCGCAGCCGGAUCGAACAUCAGGGGGACACGCUGGAGAUGGUGAGAUAGAAACAUCAGGCUUCCCAGAAGGAAAAUAAACAGCUGAGUCUGAAGGUGAAUGAACUGGAGAGCUUAGAGGCACCUGGUCCCAUCUCUGUCCUCUUCCUAGGACCUGAGACUUUCGGCCACUUAGCUGCUUUGGGCUUAGUGUGCGGAAAUGUCUGAGGGAUUCAAAGCCCUGGAAGGUACUAGGCAGACCUCAGAGGAGAGCUGCUUCCAUUAUGAUGGUGAGCAUUGUGCGAGGAGGGCAGUCUCUCAGCCAGGGAGACACGCCGUAACAGUGCGAUCAAGAUCAGACCACCCUGAGGCACCAUCGACCAGAAGGGUUCCAGCCAGGCAAACCAGCAGGGCCAGUAUGCUGCAGAGGGGGGCAUUUACCCCCCAUAUCUGCUCUCUGUUCCUGAUCAUCCUUCCCCAAGACCUUUCUGAUCUGAUUCUUCACUGGUACUUAAGGACUAUGGGAAG